AUGGCAAGCUUUUCCGUCUUGAGUGUUUCCAUUCUCGUGAUAAUAUUAGCCACCCUUGUGUUCCGGCAACAGAGACCAAGCAAGCUGAAACAACCUCCUCGACUUGAUGAGACAGUUCCUUAUGUGUCCAAUGCCUUGCAGUUCCUAACAAACAAGAAGGUGUUCAUGACGAGACUCAGGGAAGCCCUUGAUGCCAGUCAAAUUGUGCAAUGUCGCCUAGGCCCGAUGAAUAUACAUUUUGUUACGGGCGGCAACAAUGUCUCGGCCAUCUUCCGAUCCUCGUUCACGUCGGAACCUUGGAUCCUGAGUGUGCUUAGACACUCCGGAGGCUACGCCCCCAAAGACCUGGCCAAGUUUGCUGCGGACCAGUCAGGUAGUGCUCAUCUACCGCGCAGCGGUACUACUGCCAAAGAUCGAUCGCUACCGGCGCCGGAGGAGCGCAUUUGGCACGCCAAGACUCGCCUGCACGACGAGGCUCUGAUCGGCCCGCGCGCUGUCGACGCCUUUUCGGCCGCGUUCCAGACUUUCUUUGGCGACCAGCUCACGGAAGCGUCUCCGGUCGGGAAGUGGGUCGAAGACGUACGCAUUUUUGACUUCCUGAGGCAGAACAUGUCGACUGCCGCGACGCGAUCGGCCUUGGGUUCGCGCAUCUUCGAACUCAACCCAGACCUCACCGAGGCAUUCUGGGAUUAUGAGAAGUACGUCGAGUCUUUGGCGUUCGGGCUGCCGCACUGGCUGAGCAGGCGGGCCGUGCGGGCCAGGGACCGAUUCCGAGGCAUGUGUCUGAAGUGGUAUGAAGACGCCGAUCGUCAAUUUGAAUGGGACGGCGGGGAGCUGAAUGAGGCCUGGGAGCCCCUGUUUGGGUCGCAAGUUUCUAGGGGCUUGGCUCGGUGGGUCAAGUCAUUUGACUUCUCGGCCGAUAGCAUAGGAGGCAUAUAUGCCUUGUUCCUGUUCGGGCUUAACUCCAACACAGUCCCGAUUUGCACGUGGAUGAUGAUGGAAAUCAUCAGAGACCCGGAAUUACUCCAGGCGAUUAGGGAAGAGGUCUCACAAGCCGAAGUAAUCGAUGAGUCAGAGGGCAGAUCGCUGGAUUAUCGAAAACUGGUGCAACUGCCGCUGCUUCAGUCCGUGUAUGUCGAAGCUCUGCGCCUGCACGUGAGCAUCCUCAUCACGCGAACGAGCGUCGAGCCUGUCACGAUCGGGGGGUUUAAUGUGCCCGCGGGGUCUGUUUUCCAGGCUCCCACGCAUGCCGCUCAUCUUGACGAAACUAUCUAUGGCAUCUCCUCAGCAACUGGCUACACACAAAAAUGGAGCCAGCUUCGUUACAGCUUAUUUGCUCAAGCUUUCCCACACUUGGUGAUUACAUUUACCGGCAUAUACGAAUAUGAGGACGCUGAUCAACCGAUAAAUACAGGGGGCACGGCAGACCACCCAGCAAACGAAUUCUGGGCCUAUCGUCACGUAAAGGAAUCUGAAAUAUCAGAUGCUUUGGGUCAUACCACAAAGCGCCGCGAGUUUUCCAUGGCGGGCCGGGGAAGCUCAUUUUUCCCGUAUGGCGGCGGGAUUAGUAUGUGCGCAGGACGUAAUUUCGCAAAGCGGGAAGUGCUGAUCGCUGUCGCCAUGAUCAUCUCGAGGUUCGACGUAGAAUUUGUCGACUGGAUCAAGCCAGAUGGGACUCACUCGGAGCGGUCUGCCUGGGACAACUCGGGGUAUGCAAACGGUGUGGCGGCACCGCCUGACAGGGAUAUGAAGAUCAGAUGGCAAAGACUCUGGUAG